AUGACCACCUUUCACCCCUUCCCUCGGCUCCCCCAAGAGAUACGCGACCUCAUCUGGGAAGAAGCCGCCAAAUUUCGAACCGAGGAGCGCAUGGUUCACUUCUUUACCGUCUUCAACAGCAGAAACGGGGAAGAAUCCGCCGCCCUCGCAGAGUACAAGCUCAAGGGACCCAGCGGAUCAUGUCUCGGCGCGGCGAGACGUAAAGAUGGAGAAGGGUUUUCGUGGACAGAGGGGAAUGCGUCCAUGUAUCUUUUGGAUCGUGGGCUUUGGACGGCAUGCAGUGAUUCGAGGGCUGCGAUUAUGAAGGCUUCGGUGAUGACCAUGUGCUCCAAAUCGUGCACUGGUUGUCGAGCAUGCGACUACAUCAGCUCGGAUAACACCGCCGACAUGGCCAAGCUGCAUGACGGACCGCGGACAGCAAAGUUCGUGCUGGACGGGCACGAGCAGGAGAUGAUACAAGAUUACGCUCCAGCACACGGCCUAUUCCCCCGAUAUGGCAAACUGGAUCUCAGGCACGUCGCGUUUGAACUGCCGCGCGACGAGAUAAUCAACCUCUCCUGCGAAUACUACUCUCAAAACGACGAGUAUGCCCCCCAGCCAUCAUCCCACCCCAUGGUACACCGCAUCGGGUACCUCCUCGGCUGCGGACGUCUCCAGCACAUUAAAAACCUCUGGUUGAUAGACUACGAACUCAAGAGAGCGAACCCGCGACCCGCCGCGCGACAGUUCUGCGCAAACGGGCUGAGCUUCAUCGAGGUUACGGAGCAGGAUGACGAUGAGUGGACUGACCGUCGGGGGGACGGUAGGGAUGCGCUAGAGUUUGUCGACUGGCUGAAGUACAUGAACACCUGGCAAGAUGAGAAUAUUUUUCCUGAAAUUGGGUUUUUGGCGUGUGAGGAAUUCUGA